UUGGCGCAUACACCGAACUCCGAACUCCAGAGAACGACCGCGGCAUUGAGACUUGCUUUGCCUCGUUCCCCCGUGCCCUCAUACGAACUAUUCUUGCAUAUCCAACUCACUUCGAGGGAUCAAAUACUAAAGUUGUGGAGGGUGUUAUCGAAGCUCCAAGAAAGCGGUGGCAUUUCUAUUGCAAGCGGAACGCAGUCGUUAGCGCUUUAUGCAUGGGAUCCGGACGCUGACGUUUUCAUCAACACGAUGGAGCUAUUUUCUCAGCUGAAGUACCUGCAUCUCAAUAUUGGCACGACGUUCUCUCCCGAGCAUCUGAACGACCUGUUCAAGAGGGCCCAGACAGCUCUAAAGCACAUGUCACUGAGAUUUAGACCUUACGUGGAGAAAGUCACUUACUACCAGUUUCUAAAGGGUUCGUACAGCGACAGCAUGAUAGAAGAAAUGUCAAAAUGGCCUGCUUUGAAUGACUUCAAGUAUCUUUCUAUACUCCAAGACCCUCUACCCACGGGAGCCUUUGCCCCCCAGACAAAUUUUGCCCAACCUAUCGUGUUUUUCAGCCUUGAGGUCAUAAGGUUGCUUGCUGUCUCGUCUUUAGCCUCCACUCUCACCCACCUUCGGAUACGAGUGCCUUCGCGACCCGUGGUUGCGCAGCUUUUAACACCAGGAUCCUUCCCCAAUGUUUCGGUACUCGAUAUUGGCACGACCGCUCUAGGAAAUCCCCUCGUAUCCUUGCCUAAACUCAUGAAUGCCAUGCCCCGGGUGAAGCACUUGCUCCUGGAUAGUUGCUGCCUCAGUCGCGAGGGAUGGAAAGAUCUUGGUAGAGGGCUAGCUAUCGCAGGGCUUUCAAAGGCAACCGCACGUGAGAAAGCAGUGAAGGUUUGGGUGGAAGAGAAUCAGCCUCGCACCGCUGACCAUGAAACAGAAGAUGCCCCGCGACCCGGCGCUUCCACGCCUCGGCGAGCUCGUAGAGGUCGAAGGGGCCUGGCUGCAGCAACAUUCUCCAUUCGAGCCCGGUCCCCUCCUCGGCAACCCUCUUCUCAAGCUGUGUCUUCUCAGUUGACCUCGAGCGAUGCACAGAUCUUACGCACUGGUUCGAUCGAGAAAAUACGGAUACUUCCCCAACUCUCGACUCUCGAGUCUUUUUCGACGACCCUCUCCCCGAAACCAGAUAGCAUCAAGCGCGAUGAAUGGCAAGAUGAAUUCGCUUCGGGGUGGCUCUCUGGUGUAGCUACCAUCAGUGCGGUAUGGUCACGGCUUCAGGGGUCUUUCCGUGCAGGGAACGUGCGUUUGAUGCGGUUUGAUGAGAGCUACGUCCCAAUAGGACUACGAGUGGAUGAAUCUCCCGCUGGCACUGCCGGGUUGUUAGACGUGGAAACAAUCGAUGAAGAAUUCUGGGAGUGGAAGAGUUCGGUUCCCACGAUUUGUUUUGGAACAAAUCGUCUCCAUUCCCGGGAGCAUGGCAUGGACUUAGGUAUUGGAUCGGGCCCUCAUAUUGAGGCCCCUUCCGGCCCUAAGAAAUUGGCAACCUCCGAUGCGCAAGAGGACGACCAUGAGCCUGAGUGCGGGCAUGCUCGAUUUGGGGACUCAUGGGAUCUGUACGCCAGAAUGGACAGAGACAGAUAAAAUCCCCCCCCACCAAUUCGUUCUAUGCAUUAUUGUAAUUUACCUAAUCGUGAUUUGGUACUUCGUUGCCCCUCUGUUAUUCCGGGAUGUACAUCUUGCCCCCCCGACGCUGGGAGUAUUCAAGUCGAAAGCAGGAGGCUACGGGCGAUCCUGUGGAACGUUUAAUAAGUGGGGACGUAGAGUCAGGUUCCUAGUUCAAUCAGCAUGGGCCGGUGUCAUUCCGCAUCGCAAUCUUACUCCACAAUCAGGAACCCCCCAGGACCAAGUGGGCCUCCUGCGGUGAGGGAAGUGAUAGGGCCUUUAAAUGUGCCGCCGCCAGAGGUGUACUCAAGGCAGUGAGAAA